AUGCGCGGGGUGCCGGUGCUGCUCCUUCUCGUGCUGCUGCUGGCUGGAUGCCAGGGAGCCCGCGGCCGGAACCAGGAGGAGCGGCUGCUGGCCGACCUCAUGCACGGCUAUGACCAGCACCUGAGGCCAGCGCGGCACGAGGCGGACGUGGUCAACGUCAGCCUGAAGCUCACCCUCACCAACCUCAUCUCCCUGAACGAGCGAGAGGAAGCUCUGACCACCAACGUCUGGAUCGAGAUGCAGUGGUGCGACUAUCGGCUGCGCUGGGACCCCCGAGACUACGAGGGCCUGCGGGUGCUGAGGGUCCCGUCCACCAUGGUGUGGCUGCCCGAUGUGGUGCUGGAGAACAAUGUGGACGGUGUAUUCGAGGUGGCUCUCUACUGCAACGUCCUGGUGUCCCCGAAUGGCUGCGUGACUUGGCUGCCGCCUGCCAUCUUCCGCUCCUCCUGCCCUGUCUCCGUCACCUACUUCCCCUUCGACUGGCAGAACUGCUCCCUCAUCUUCCAGUCCCAGACCUACAGCAGUAGCGAGAUCAACCUGCAGCUCAGUCAGGAGGACGGGCGGCCCAUUGAGUGGGUCUUCAUCGACCCCGAGGCCUUCACAGAGAACGGGGAAUGGGCCAUUCGGCACCGGCCGGCCAAGAUGCUGCGGGGUGCCCAUGAGCCGGGAGAAGAGGCAGGCCACCAGAAGGUGGGCUUCUACCUGCUCAUCCAGCGCAAGCCCCUCUUCUACGUCAUCAACAUCAUCGCCCCCUGCGUGCUCAUAUCCUCAGUGGCCAUCCUCAUCUACUUCCUUCCUGCUAAGGCGGGUGGCCAGAAGUGCACCGUGGCCAUCAACGUGCUCCUGGCCCAGACAGUCUUCCUCUUCCUGGUGGCCAAGAAGGUUCCAGAGACCUCGCAGGCGGUGCCACUCAUCAGCAAGUACCUCACCUUCCUCCUGGUGGUGACCAUCCUCAUCGUGGUGAACGCCGUGGUGGUGCUCAACGUGUCCCUGAGGUCCCCGCACACACACUCCAUGGCCCGUGGGGUCCGCAAGGUGUUUCUGCGGGUCUUGCCCCAGCUGCUACGCAUGCACGUGCGCCCACCGGGGGCCCCAGCGGCGCCGGUGCGGGACCCCUGGCCCCGCGGCUCCGUCCCGGCGGCGGAGGAGGGGUCCCUCCGGCUGCCCCGCAGCGAGCUCCUCUUCCGGCAGCGCCCACGCAACGGGCUGGUGAGGGCCGCGCUGGAGCGUCUGGAGCAAGGCCCGGAGCCCGGCCUGGCCCAGGAACUGUGCGGGAACCUGAAGCAGGCGGCCCCCGCCAUCCAGGCCUGCGUGGCCGCCUGCAACCUCAUUGCGCGCGCCCGGCGCCAGCAGGCACGCUUCCACAGCGGGAAUGAAGAGUGGUUUCUGGUGGGCCGAGUACUGGACCGUGUCUGCUUCCUCGCCAUGCUCUCGCUCUUCGUCUGUGGCACGGCUGGCAUCUUCCUCAUGGCCCACUACAACCGGGUGCCCGCCCUGCCGUUCCCUGGAGACCCCCGGCCUUACCUGCCCUCCCCCGACUGA